AGUUGGGAAACAAUUUUGUUAAGUCUUCUGGACUUUAAUACAUAUAUUAUAUACUUGUAAAAAUUCAUAAUACGAAAUGUACGCAAACCAAUCCGACGACGAUAGUCACGAUGAGAACGAAGAGCAACAGCCGAGAAUUUCAACGUUGGCUACGAAUCGCCGUAGAACAAUCGACAUUCAAAUUAAUCCUGAGGUGUUGUCCACUCUCAAUGUGUACACAUGCGUGAUCUGCAUGAAUAUCGCUCGCGAGCCUUUGGUGGGCUUCUGUGGUCACAUGUUCUGUGGCCUGUGCAUCAUGAAUUGGAUGGACACUAAGGGCAGCCGUUCAAAGUGCCCGUAUUGCUUGUCAUGCGUUAGCAAGCACACAAUGAUUGCCGUGAAGAGGGCGUCUAUGCCUUGCUUCAGAAGUUGUCAGCCGAUUGGUUCUCAUCGUGGCAACUCCAUGAUUGCUAGCUUUAUAGCUCCACCGGCGGAUUCAAUGUAUCUGGGUGCAAUUUGCAAGCGUCCGCCGCAGCUGAUGCCGCGCCUGAAGCCGCUGGCGGCUGAACUGAUGGUGGAGCAUGCAAAUGCUCCAACUGUGAUGUACUUGCUGAAUCCAUCGCUGUGGCAACGUGCCAUGGUCUUGGUCAUCAUCUUUUAUUUGUAUAUGGUCAAUUUGCACUCCUCCCACGCGACUUAGAUGGCCGACCGGGGCAGACUUCCAAAUAUUUUUAUAUUUUCGACUUGCGGUUUAAAUACACUAGAAAAUGCAGUUAA